AUGAACCGAGAGAAGUACAAUCCAAUGAAUCACUGUAAGAUCAUCAGACGCCGCACACAAUCAUCGACUACCUCCUCAACUUAUGUAGGAGGGAACCCAGAGACGCUUCCCAUCGAUCUUAUCAUGGAGAUACUCAAGAGAUUACCGGCAAAAACCAUUGCCAAAUUCCGUUUCGUCUCGAAGCAGUGGGGUUCCUUACUUUGCAAUCCAUAUUUCACGAAAUCAUUCCUGACAUGUUCGUCAACUCGGCCACGUCUUCUGUUCACGUUCGAAUUUGGCGGCAAGUGGCAUUUCUUCUCGUCCCCUCAGCCUCAAAAUGGCGAUGAGCAGGUUGUAAUAGCAGAUUAUCAUAUGGGGGUCUCCGGAGAUUGGUACAAGGAAACUUGUAUACCCACCAACGGGGUUAUCUAUCUAAACGAUAGGCAGAUGUUAAAGGAAAAGAUGGAAAGGGUCCCUGUGAUAUGUAACCCUAGCACGGGUCAGCAGGUACAUUUACCUAAAGUGUUAGCAAAGAAUAAGGAUUUCAGAAGCUUUUUAGGGUAUGAUCCAAUCGAGGAUCAACUCAAGGUUUUGUGCAUGACUGUGGCAAGGUAUAGAGAACAAAUUAACUCUAGAGAGCAUCAAGUUCUGACGGUAGGUAAAGGAAAACCAUCAUGGAGGAAGAUCGCAUGUUUGUUUCCGCAUGUUCCUGAGAAUUACGGAAGUGGGAUAUGCAUCAACGGGAUUUUGUAUUACAUAGCUCGCGGCAACUUGAAUACAGUGAUAGCAUGCUUUGACGUUAAGUAUGAGAAAUUUAGGUUUAUACAAAUAGAUGAUGAGAACUCUAAGUUGUAUUCGUUCUUGACGUUAAUAAACUACAAGGGAAAGUUAGGUGUCAUAGUCUAUGAUAGUAGUAUCAAUGGUCAGUUAUGGGUUCUAGAUGAUCCUGAGAAGGAGAAAUGGUCAAAGCAUAUCUUUCAUUUGCCAGAUGCAGCCUUUUGGACCAUGAGAUCAAUUUGGGCAAUUGAUACGGGUGAAAUUGUUUGGGCGCCACAUCGUUGGACCCAUCCAUUCCAUGUCUUCUACUACAAUCUGGAGAGACAGAGCGUUAGAAGAGUUGAGAUCAAAGGAAUUGAAGGGAAGGUAUCGAUGGGUCAUUAUCGCCCCGAAGCAAUCUUCACCUUUACAAACCAUGUUGAGAAUGUGAUGCUUCUGUAA